CUCUUUCUCUUUUAGUAGUUCUCUUUUUCAAGUACGUGGACAAAUAAAAUAGUGAGCCCGAAAAGAAUACACAAAAACUCAAAAGGUGAUCCCUCACGCGCCAUAUACAGUGUAUCAGUUAUAACUUAGUGAGUGAGACAGAGAGACAAGAGAGAGGGUUUGGCCGCCAUUGUCGAUAAUCGAGCAUGGACUCCAUUAUUGCCUAUUAUUCCUUAACUGCCUCACCCUACUCACGUCCCUCACUUCCCACUCUCUCCUCCUCCUCCUCCAUCACCACCAACCUCUCUGCUCCCACUCUCUCUUUCGCUCAUCCUAAACCAACAAUGUCCAGGAGAGAUGUCAUCGCUUCCGCUUCACAAACCCUAGCCACGCCUGAGCCCAAGGAGAACAAGCUCUGGGGAGGUCGAUUCGAGGAGAGCGUUACUGACGCUGUUGAGAGGUUCACUGAGUCCAUUUCAUUUGACAAGCUCUUGUAUAAGCAUGAUAUCAUGGGGAGUAGAGCUCACGCUUCUAUGCUCGCUAAACAGGGAUUGAUCAGUAACAGUGAUAGGGAUAUCAUUAUUGAAGGUCUUAAUAAGAUAGAGAAGCUCAUUGAGGAUGGUAAAUUCGAAUGGAGAACUGAUAGGGAAGAUGUGCAUAUGAAUAUUGAAGCAGCGCUUAUUGAUAUGAUUGGAGAACCUGGAAAGAAGCUUCACACAGCUCGGAGCCGAAACGAUCAAGUGCUAACUGACUUCCGUCUAUGGUGCCGUGAUGCUAUAGAUUUGAUUGUUCAGCGGGUUAAAUAUCUUCAGGUUGCAUUGCUGAAAUUGGCAAUCAAGAAUGAGGGUCUUAUUGUACCUGGUUAUACCCAUUUGCAAAGGGCACAGCCUGUUCUUCUGCAGCAUCUUCUUUUAGCAUUUGUUGAGCAGCUUGAACGUGAUGCUGGUCGUUUACUAGAUUGUAGAGCUAGGCUGAAUUUCUGCCCUUUAGGUGCUUGUGCAUUGGCUGGUACCGGCCUUCCUAUUGAUCGGUUCAUGACUGCUGAUGAAUUAGGAUUCACUGGUCCAUUGAGUAACAGUAUUGAUGCAGUGUCAGACAGAGAUUUCAUCUUGGAGUUUCUUUCUGCUAAUUCCAUCAUAGCCAUUCAUUUGUCCCGACUUGGGGAAGAAUGGGUAUUGUGGGCGUCAGAAGAAUUUGGAUUUAUUACUCCAAGUGAUGCUGUUUCAACUGGAAGUAGUAUCAUGCCUCAGAAGAAAAACCCAGAUCCCAUGGAACUGGUUCGUGGAAAGUCUGCUAGAGUAGUGGGAGACCUGGUUACUCUUCUCACACUGUGCAAAGGACUUCCUCUCGCUUACAAUCGUGAUUUACAAGAGGAUAAGGAACCUUCAUUUGACAGUGUCAAGACAAUUUUGGGGAUGCUUGAAGUGUCAGCAGAGUUUGCGCAGAACAUUACUUUCAAUGAGGAAAGAAUAAAAAAGGCCUUACCAGCAGGUCAUCUUGAUGCUACAACCUUGGCUGAUUAUCUUGUGAAGAAGGGAGUUCCGUUCCGAACUUCUCAUGACAUAGUUGGAAGGGCAGUUGCACUGUGUGUCUCAAAGAACUGCCAGCUGAAGGAGUUGAGUCUUGAUGAGCUGAGAAGUUUAAAUCCAGUGUUCGACAAGGAUGUAUACGAGUAUCUUGGAGUUGAAAAUGCAGUUGAGAAAUUUAGCUCAUAUGGUUCAACGGGGUCAUCAUCGGUUGCUUAUCAAGUUGAUUACUGGGUCACUAAACUUGGAAUCACAAAAGAGACCUAACUAAUGCUCGGUUCUGGAAAUCUCAUUAAUAUCGGGAUCUGGCGUCGAAGCUAGUGUUUCUCAUCCAGAGCCUUAGGAGGAGCUUUAUAGAACUCCUCAUCAAGUUUUUGCUUUGUCUGAGGUUCCUAGUAAGGGUAGACUUUAGGAUAUUACUUGUAUUUGUCCUCCAUUUGCUGGAAAAGGUUCUGAUUUGUGAAAGGAUUUGGGGCAAUAAAAUUAAGCACAAGAAAGAAAUAUAAUAUUUGUUUUUUUU